GUAGAUAAAUCAACCCCCUUCUUUCCCUAAUUGUUCGAAAAACAAUCAACCUGCUACAUCUAAAGAUAUUACGUAAGUUUUUAAAAACUGUUAUGUGAAGAACUUUAAUGAUUCACAAAAUCAAAAUGAAUUUUCAAACAGUUUGUUUAAUAUUGUUUUUUGUUACCCAAACAAUUGCAGAUUCCAAAAAAGAAUCAUGGAGCAGUUGGAGUAAUUGGUCAACAUGUAGCAAUACAACUGGUUUUGGUCAAAAAAAUAGAACACGCUAUUGUAAAAAUAAAACUUCUAUAGAAAAAUGUGUGGGUAAUAAUAGAGAAGAAAGAAAUUGCUCCAAAGCAUUAUCUCAAGAUGAUCUAAUUUUAUGGAAUGUUACAUUCGAUCAAACUGUUGAACGAAGUCUGCUUUCAAGUGUGCUUGAACUAAACUUUCCUGAAGUCACAAGUGACGCUGGUUAUUAUACAAUAGAGUACUUUUUACCACCUUACUUUACAUUGACAUUUGAUAAUCCUCCAAAUGGCUUUAUAAAGGAUGACCUUGCUCGUUUAAAAUAUAAGUAUGUCAAAAAAAUUUCGCCAAAAGAAAGCGUUAUUCAUAGUUUCGUGGCAACGUUCAACAAACUAGAUUGCUCAUUAACAAAGUUUAAGAUGGUUAUCCCAAUAAAAUUUACUUUUCAAAAUUCAGAAAAAAAGGUUUUGAGCUUGAUGAAAAAGUACCAAAAAAAUGUGUUAUGUAAAACAAAUUACCGAUCGGAAGUUUCUAGAGAUAAAAACGCUCUAUCAGAAUCAUAUGGUAGAGGAAUAUAUUGGGAUAAUAAAAGCUCUAUUAUUUAUGUAUGUAUGAACCAACACGUGAGCAGUGCUAAAACUGCUUGUUACUACUCUAAAAAUGAUGGCCGUUUAUGGAAAGAAUUAGAUAUCCUCGUUGGUUCUAUUAUUGGUUAUCAUUCUAUAACAAGAGUUUUGUAUGGAAUACAUCGCAAUCAAAAAACUUACUUGAUGCUUGAUAAAAUACACAAAAAAUGGCUUGCGCUAACAAAUGAUAAUUUCCUUGAAGCUACAAAAUUUGAACAAUUUAGUUGGAAAAACCUAGAAAAUAAUACUGACCAAAGUUUUUCUUUAGGAUCAGAGCAAUGGCUAAGCUCUUCGGAAGGGCUUUUUAUACGUAAACGUGAAAAUAACUGGGCACUUAAAGUAAAAUGGCCAUAGUUUUUUAUAAACAUGCUGAGUAAAAACGUUUUCAACUCCAAACUGAAACAAGAAAACAUAAUCGUGGAAUUUAAAUACUUAUACUACAUUUUAGCAACUAAGUUGCAACUUUGUGGAAUAAACAAUUAAAUUAUAAAUAGAUGUUUUAUGAAAUCUAUAAUGCUUUUUAAAAAAGUUGGUUGAACUUUGUAUUUUGCAUAUCAUACCAAGAAAUUAGUACUUCAUAUCAUACUAAGAAAUUACUACUUCAUGGGCAAAUAUGUAUCUAUGUAUUUAUAUAUGUAAUGUAUACAUUUUACCUGA